AUGAUUAUUGAGAAUAUUCCAAAUUAGUUUUUCAAUAUUCUCAAAAUUUUAGUUGAUAAAACAAUAACAUUAGAGCAGAUAGCAAUCAAAUAUGAAUUGAUUUAUAAAAUGCUAUAAACUUAAGCCCACUCAGAUUAAAUGAGCUCCUUCCAUUUUUAAUCUUGCAACGAUAAGGAUUAAUUUUUCAAGAUAAUAUAAUCAUCAGAGAUGUUAAACAAUCCUAAAAUGAUAUUGCAAUUAAUGCUGUUAAUGCCUCAAUUAAAAGUUUAACCUAACAAACUAGCAGAAGGAAUUACUCAUUUAACUAAAAUUAAGCUUUGCAAGAUUGAUUUAGGCUUACCCUUUCUCCAAAGCAGAAUAAAUAGCUUUUAAGCUAAGGAUCUAAAUAAUAAAUAGUAUAAAGCAUCAUCAGCAUAAUUAUAGCUAUCCCUUACCAGUUAAAACUAUUAUUUCUCACCAUACUAAAAGAAAGAAGACCAAUACUAAAUAAAACUCUUGAAAAUGAAAAAUAGUCUGGAUCUAGCACAUGAAAUUUUAAAAGAGAAUGUCAAAUUAAACUAUUAAAAUAGUUAUUGUUUUCUUAAAGCAGCGAGAUAAGUUAGUUGUAAGGCAGUUUCUAAAAUUAAUUUAUAAUUCUCCUUUGAUUAAUAAUAACCAUUUAAUAAUGACGAUGAUACUAAAUUAAUCAUUCAACAAAAUAAGGACAUCAUAAAUAAAUUAUCCUAACCAAAACUAAAUCAGUUAAGAAAUUCUCUUUUAAUUGGAUAAAAAGCAAGAAUUAUUAAAAUUUUGUAAAAAGAAAAUGAAAUAUCUAAAAAAAACAAAUCAUAAUUAUUUGGAGGUAGUAAAAAUCUUGAUAGUAAUUAAACAAUCCCUAAGAAUAAUAGAAAAAAAAUUAGCUCAUUAAUAAAUACAAAUGAAGAGGAGAUUAAAGUUGAAUUUAAUGAAAAUGAAAAUGAAAAUGAAAAUGAAAAUGAACAAAAUUAUUCUAAUACUCAAUAAGCAGAAAAUGUAAUAAAUAAGGUACUAGUAUAAUUUUUUAAUAAUUUGCCCAAUUAUAUAGAAAUAAUCCAAAAAUAUGAUUAAAGUUUCAAAAUGGAAGAAUAAUAAAUUUUAGAUGAAUAAAAGGGAAAAUAGCCUUAAAGCACUACAAUUACCUAAUAAACAACUCUUCAGUCAUCAGACUAAGCUAUUGUCAUUUCUGAAUCAUAUAAAUCUCCUUAAUUUGGAUAAGAAGGUGUUGAGAGAUGUGUACCCCUCCCCAUAAAUAUUUUUGGUAACAAUGAAUAAAAUGAAAAAUGUAAAAAAAACUAACCAAAUAAACCAAAAAAAAAAAAUCUUGAUAAUCAUUCUGAGCAAUUUUUAAAAUAAAUCUUUAAAUUAGGCGAUCAUAUCGGCGGUGGAGGGGAGGCAGAUAUAUUUACAAAUCAAAAUGAUGACAAGACUGUAUUUAGAGUAAUUAAAUUAAAUGGAGACGAGGAUUUAAGGAAAUAAGAAUUGUUAAUACUUUAGGAAUUAUAAGAAUAAAACAUUUUAAAUAUAAAUAGUUCUCAUCUAAUAGAAAAUAAAGAUAAAGAUACUAAAUAUAUCAUUCAUGUUAUGUAAAAAUGUUAAAUGAGUCUUCAUGAUGAAAUAUAAUCAAAAGUUUUUAAUCUUAAAGAAACUUUAAAAUUUAUUUCUACUGCAUUUCAUUUAUUGAUUGUACUUAGAUAAAAGUAUAUCUAUCAUUCAGAUAUUAAACCAGGAAAUAUCUUAAAAACUUAUAAUAAUAAUUACAAAUUAUCUGAUUUUGGUGCUUCAUAGUAAGUUGAUUUUAUUGAUCCUUUUUGUGAUUAUUAAAUGCAUACACCUGGUUUUAAGCCAUAAGAUAGAGUGAAGAAUUUACCUUUUUAUCAUGAUAUCUAUUCUUUUGGUAAAACUAUCAAAUAGUUAUUUCCUCCAUAAUUAGAAAAUCGCCCAGAUAUUUAAAUUUAUGAUUGUUUAAAUAAAUUUAUAGAUGAAAAAAUUUGUAAAGAUGAUGAAAAUUCUAUUAAUGUAGAUUGCCUUAAGUUGCCAAGAAUGUUUAUAAAUAAAAUAAUGAAAUUUACUAAUUAUUAAGUAAUUAAGGAAUUCUUAGUGGAAUAUUUAGAAUAGAUAUAAUAAUAUUUAGUCAUAAAAAAAGAAAAUAAAGUAUUUCAGUAUGAAUCAUAAUAUUAAUAUGCUGAAAUAGCUAUUUUCAUUAUUUCAUAGAUAAUUUAAGUUAGCAAUUAGCAGAGUUAGUUAACUUCAAUUAAAAUUAAGGCACUGAUAACUAAAAGUUAUAUUUUAUGUAAAAGAAAAUAAUAUAAAAAAUCUCUCAAAUGUAUUAAUGAAAUUUUUAGAGAAGAUUUUAAAAAUAGUAGUUAGUCAGAAAUCCUAAUAAAAUCAAUUAGAGUUGUAACUAAGAUCUUAAUAAAGCUAAAUAAUAAGAUAAAAUUAUCUUAAAAAAAUUAAUAUAAAUUGAUUAAAUUAAUUAAAUUAGUUAAUAAAGGUGAAGAAUUUGAUAAAUUAAAAAUAAAGAUAAUAGAGCUUCUAUUGCUAAAAUCAGAUUAAAUACAUCCAAUUUUUACAGAUUUUUAUAAUUCUCUAAAAAAAUAAGUUGAAAACAAUGAGUUUGAUAUGGUUUAUAGGAUAAUUAUUAAAUUGAUUAGGUAUUUAAGAAAAUAAAAUUGUUAUGACAAAUCUCUUUACAAUUUAAUUUAAUUUAUUCAACAAAAUAAAACGAAUCAGAUUUCUUAUUACAAAUAAAAAUUACUGAAAGAAAUGGGCUUAUAUCUUUACAAAUUUCUUUUUUAAAAUGAAUAGCUAGACACAAAAUUUUAUGAUAAAUAUAAAAAAGAAAUUUAACUCUUGCCAUUAAUUAUUUUGAAUUGCUUGAAUGACAUUAAGCUAAAAUCAAAUUUAUAAAUUUAAUUUGAUAAAAGCAUUUGGUAAUUAUAUUCAAUAUUUAUAAAGCUAUAAAAUAUUUGUAUCUUUGAUUAAUGCAAGGAUAUUUUAGAUAAUUUAGAAAAAAAAUAUAUAAAUGAAAUAAAAGAUAAUAACUAAUUGCCAUAUAAAGAAUAUGUUUAUUACAAAAAUCUUAAUUACUAUGAAAAGUAUCUAAAUAAAAAAGAAAAAAAUUAUUAGUUUUUUAAUGAAUAAUGUGUAAAAAGAUACAAAGAAGAACAUAUAAUUUAAUCAAUAAAUCUUAUUGAAAAAACAAUUUUUAAGAAUUACAAAGAAAAUAAAUAUUAACCAAAUAUUGAGAUAUCUUAAAAUCAAAAACAAACAAUGAGCUCACUUAAUUUCAUAACAUACUUUGAAAGCAAAGAAAUAAGUCUAAAUUAUUUAGGUUCUUUGGAAAAAUUCAAUGAAGAAGUUGAAUCAUUUAAUUCUUAACUCAAUUGUUAUAAUAUAUUAUAAUAAAAUAUAAAUAAGUAAUUAUUUUAAUUAAAAUUGUUUUGCUAAAAAAGAAAUUUAAAUUUAUUUAUUUUAAUUAAUUUUUGUUUGUCAAUAUUUAAUUUUAGUUAUUAUUAAAUUAAAAUAAAGCUUUCAUUAAAAGAAUGA